CCUUCGUCGUCGGAUCCUUUCCGCGCCGCUCGCGAUGGCCGUGAACGCGAACGCGUUGUCCAGUGACAUCAGCCGUAGGAAUCCCCAGGAUGAGUACGAGCUCAUCCAAAGAAUUGGCAGUGGUACCUACGGCGAUGUCUACAAGGCUAAACGACUGUCCAUGAACGAUCUCGCGGCAAUUAAGGUUAUCAAGCUGGAGCCAGGUGAUGACUUUGCGAUCAUUCAGCAAGAGAUUCUAAUGAUGAAGGACUGCAGGCAUCCCAAUAUUAUUGCAUAUUAUGGCAGUUAUUUAAGAAGAGAUAAAUUAUGGAUAUGUAUGGAAUACUGUGGAGGUGGAUCUUUACAAGAUAUAUAUCAUAUAACUGGACCAUUAUCAGAAAUACAAAUAGCGUACAUGUGUCGAGAAACCCUGACAGGUUUAGCUUACUUACAUAGCAUGGGCAAGAUGCAUCGUGACAUCAAGGGUGCCAAUAUAUUAUUAACUGAGGCGGGUGAUGUAAAAUUGGCAGACUUCGGCGUGUCAGCGCAAAUUACUGCGACGAUUAAUAAGAGAAAAAGUUUUAUUGGCACACCUUACUGGAUGGCACCUGAGGUAGCAGCUGUGGAAAGAAAAGGCGGUUACAAUCAGUUAUGUGAUAUCUGGGCGUGUGGAAUAACCGCAAUAGAAUUGGCGGAAUUGCAGCCGCCAAUGUUUGACCUGCAUCCGAUGCGUGCCCUCUUCCUCAUGUCCAAGUCGGGCUUCAAGCCGCCGACAUUGAAGGAUCGCGACAAAUGGAGUCCGACGUUCCACAAUUUCGUCAAAGUCGCCCUCACGAAGAAUCCUAAGAAAAGACCGACGGCGGAGAAGUUGCUUCAGCACGCGUUUUUCCAAGGGGAUAUGAGCAAGAGAUUGGCGUUAGAACUGUUGCAAAAAGUAUCGAAUCCCAGUCACAUGUUCGCCGAUCUCGAAGCCGACGAGGACGGCGCAGUGCCCAAUGUACCGCAGAGGAUAGCCUCCCGCCACACCGCGAGACCCAGGCCGAAAAGUAUAUCGCAAUUGGACAGUGAUGAUCAAAUCAACAUCGACGGAGGUACGUUACAGCGAGAUUCUAUAUCACCAUCUGUGGACAGUAAUCCAGCAUGGGAUAUUAUGGACAUUAUGAAUAACGUCAAGGCUGUACAUAAUUGUGACGUGCAUCCAGACUGUGGAAUCGGUUCAGCGUUCGAAGAUGUUCAGGAAAAUACACUUGGCGCGAACGUUAUGACAAGUAAAAUAUUGAAACGUCGUAGCAAAACCGGCACAGAGAUAUUUCGUAUGACUUUAAGGAGUCUAUUGCAGUACAUUGAUGAGGAGUUGUUGCUAAGGGGGAAUGCAAUGUCGAUGGUUGGUGUGCAUUGCGACCAGCUAUAUUCCCUGCAAGCCACUCUUCCACUUGGGGAAUCUUCAAAUGACUGUGAAGUGCAUUGUCCAUACUAUAACGUACCUGAUUUAUGCACAGGGCCCCAGGCAAGUCCCAGGCGACACAGCUCCGUAGAUGAAUUAUAUGGUCUUGUCAACAGUUCUCAGUCCUUAACAGCUGUGAAUGGACAACGUCAACGAUCAUUAUCAGACAGCGGUCCUAGGGAUGAAUCCACGCAGUCAAACGGCGACAAUGAGAUAUCAACGGAUCGAGAUAGGGAAAUUAUAAGUCCGGACUUACUAUCGGACACACCGCCUGUGCCUCCAAGAAGAAGGGAUCGGAAAAGGCAUACGCCACCAAGACCAAUCAGUAACGGUCUGCCGCCUACGCCAAAAGUGCAUAUGGGAGCGUGUUUCUCUAAAGUAUUCAAUGGCUGUCCGUUGAGAAUACAUUGUACCGCGAGCUGGAUUCAUCCAGACACAAGAGAUCAGCAUUUGUUGAUCGCUGCGGAGGAAGGGAUUUACAAUCUAAAUUUGAACGAACUCCACGAAACUGCGAUAGACCAGCUAUAUCCGAGACGUACUAUCUGGAUGUACGUUAUCAAGGAUGUGCUUAUGUCUCUUUCUGGAAAAACACCCCAGUUGUACAGGCAUGACUUACUAGCGAUGCUAAGUAAACAGACCCAUAGGUUUUCAUUGCACAUGAACAAGAUACCAGAGAGAUUAGUCCCUAGGAAAUUCGCCCUCACUACGAAAGUGCCGGAUACGAAGGGAUGCACCAAAUGUUGCGUUGGGAGAAAUCCGUAUAACGGUUACAAGUAUCUGUGCGGUGCAAUGCCGGCGGGCAUAUUUCUGAUGCAAUGGUACGAUCCGCUGAACAAAUUUAUGCUCCUGAAACAUUUCGACUGCGUUCUACCGUCGCCUCUAAACGUCUUCAAGAUGGUUAUCACGCCUGAGAUGGAGUACCCGAUGGUGUGUGUGUCGGUUAAACAACCAUAUCAGCAAAAUAAACUGAAACUGGAUUUAAUCAACAUGAAUUCAGGAGCAAGUUGGUUCCAUAGUGAUGAAUUGGAAGACAUGGAUGGUUCAGCGACUGUGAUACCGAGAAGAGAGAAUUUGAAUGUCAUUAAUGUUACGCAAUUCGAGAAGGACGCGAUACUCGUUUGUUACGACAAUGUAGUGAAAAUGGUGACCUUACAAGGGAAACCCCGCGUCAGCAAGAAGCAACUGUCGGAGCUGCAAUUUAAUUUUCAAAUCGAAUCUAUCAUUUGUCUACCAGAUAGUGUAUUGGCAUUCCACAAGCACGGUAUGCAAGGUAGAAGUUUCAAGAACGGCGAAGUCACGCAAGAGAUUAGUGAUCCGAGCAGGACUUACAGGCUGCUUGGCUCAGAUAAGGUUGUCAUGUUGGAGAGCCAUCUGGUUCAUAGUGGCACACUGACCGAGUCGGAAGGGGCGGAUUUGUACAUUCUUGCUGGACAUGAAGCCAGCUAUUAAGUAUCGAUUUUAAGUAGGUAACACACGACUACACGUCGUGUGAUCAUUUCGCACGAUUUGUGAUUAGACCGCAUGUAAUGUGAGACUACUACCGGAGCGGUGAGAUCAAAGUCGCAGAGGUAAAGCACUUCGAUACAAUCAGAUUCGGCUGCGCAUACGUAGUCAAAACUACUUGAGCAUACUGGUGUUGUGCAAGCUCCAGUGCUGCGCUAGUUGCUGCUGUCUCUCCGUGUAGUCGAUAUCGCAUAGACUGGUUACUCGCGGUAACUAUUUUCUUUUUUAAACGAGAAAUGUUCUAGACAUUUCUUUCGAAAGACGCGAGCCGAAGAACUAUAAUGGAGAAAGAGGUUGAAAUUAAGAGAGACAAAAACGUAAGAAAGAAAAAGAGAGUAUAUACGUAAAACUAUCCUUAUGCCUGAUCAAAUGAAGCCAAUAGUAAUCGCAACUGCUUUGAGAAAUAUUGGAUUGAAGUGGUCUACUCGUCAAUUUAACUAUAUAUGUGUAAAUUAUGCUCCUAUAAAUCGCGCGCAUACAUACAUACAUACACACAACAUACACACACGUAUAUACAAUUACGAAAAGUAUACGAAAAGAUUUAGAAUGAAAUCGAAUCAGAAUCUUCUUCGAAAAGCUGUAGAAUUAAUAAAAAUUGUAUGGAAUAUCGUGGAUAUCGCUUGUCGCGUCGACGUGACGAAGAAUAUAGAUUAUACAAAAAUAUACAGUAUUUUUUUCUCUAGUAAGUUUGUCCAUGUUCCACAACGAUACGUAGUGAAUAAAUGCAGGAGAAGGGAAGGGAAGUUUCAGAGGUCUCUCGAUUUCAUUUUAAAUAUUUGAUUAGUAACAUAAUGCAGAUUCUUUAUAUAUAGCUAAAUUGACUGACGCACCGCCUUGAUACGAGAGAAUCGUUGCACCGUGUGCGUAAGUGCGCAACGAGGCUCUUCGCGAUGUUGCAUAAAUUUAAUACAACUCCGGAAAUAUUAUCCUUUCUUUCUAGUGUUAGAGCGUAAUCGUGUAAUAGCUUUUAGCCUUCGAGAACCGUUUAAUCGUAAAUAGCAUUUAUGUGCUAGGGUAAGAGUUCAUGUGUUUGUAUCCUUAAUGAGAUUACGAGAUUAGUAGGCAAAACGAUAUUUAUAUUCUUACACCAAGUCGCAUAGUUUUCGAAGGUUAAAACGCUAUAUAUAUACACACACACACACAUAUAUAUAUAUAUAUAUAUAUAUAUAUAUAUAUAUAUAUAUAUAUAUAUAUAUCGCUGCACCCGGAUGGAACGUUCGGAUGCGUUUUAAGGGAAUAAGCACAUCCGUCGCUCGUAUUAUGUGUAAUGGGAUUUUCGCGGAGUCCAUGUAACAUCAGUCGGAUUCGUACGAUAUCGCAUCGAUACAGCGUACAGGCUGUCCCACUUCUAUCGAGUCGAAUCUUAAGGAUGCUUCGUUUUUUACACGACUUUGCAAAUGUUCUCGCUCUAUUCGCGUACAAUUCUUUGCUUCCCGUCGUAGUACGAGUUAGAAACUAGCAGUCAAUCGACAGAUUCGUUGAGAAAAAGUCGACUUCGAGUUGAUCUGCGAACCUGUCUUAAAUCUGAUCCGGUAGAGUUGCGCGACAGCCUGCUUUAUCCACUUCCAAAGACGAUCUAGAUUGUAGAGGAAACGACAACGACGUUAGAAGGAAAGUAGCAAAUAGUCGAUGUAUAGAGUGCCCUUCGAUAGCGUUUCUGAAAGAGAAAUUCCAUGUAGAAACAGGAUCUCCCGUAGGGACGUAGGACUGUACGAUAUUGCCGUAAUGAGAUAUCGUGUGUAUGUGUGUGUAUAUGCACAGUACAAAAUUCGCUUGUACCAAUGUUGUACCCUCGAGAACAGUGUUGUGAAUACGUACCGAAAUUAUGCAUACUCGAGCUUCAUUUCGUUGGGCAUGGGAUCUCUUGUUACGGAGGUGUUAUUUUUAUUAAGACAUUGUGUUCAUCAGUGUCUCUAAUUUCGGGACGAUUGCGAAGACGAGUGUAAAGCACGGGACGAGCCGCGCGACGACGGUCGUCCAUCGACAGCGAUCGCGGCCGCGUUAUUUAUUUCGCAAAUACUUACCCGUUCGCGUCGUUUCGAUAGGCUGCGCCCACGUAAACCGACAGAAAGGGCAUCUACGCUGUCACGGCUUGUAUCAGUCUCGAUAUCUGCACGCAAUGAUAAAAUUAAGAAACGUUCGCUCGAGACGUUUUACGUUCCUUCGUUCUGCGAACGCUGACACUCUCUCUGCAUAAUGCUUCUCCUAUUGAGGUAAUUCUCUCUGAUAAAGCACCAUUGUGAUAUUCGUGAUUGAGGGAGGCAAGUAUUCCCACUUUUCGCGUAGAGAAACUAUUUCCAAAAUUGAAGAUAUUUUGUUUUAUAUUUAUUCCUUUUGUUAUUUUUUAUUUAUUAAACCACUGAAAAGUCGUCGAUUGUUCGUAUUAAAUUGCUGAUAUUUUCGUAGAAAAUGAUUUGACUUCCAACGGAAUAAAAGCGGUUCAAUAGCACGUAAUCCGCAUCGGGCACCACGAGUAUAUUCGUCCAUAGCGAUUUUAUUUAUACAUAUAUCCAGUAGUGUUUUAUCAGUAUGAUAUCGCUAACGAAUGUAUCGUCAUUUACCUAUGAGACGGCGAACGGAGUGACUUUCAUGUGAUCGGUCUUAAGACUGGGAGAAAUGCAUUUUCUCGUUUACAGUAGACUUUCUUGAUACUAUACCUCGAGGAGGAAGAGUGCUGGACCACGUAGGGUGUAGGUGAGGAAAAAGGAGAAAAGAGUUGUUGGUCGUUUUAUGCCCGCACGUUACAGAACUCGACUGGCGACUUCAUCAGCCGCGUCAGUCGUAUCGUUUUCGCUUGUGCGAACUUUAGAAUACUUUUAAAUAUCUAUUUUGCUGGUUUCUAAUCGAUUUAUUCAUCAUUCUUGAUGCUGGCCAGUUGAUAAUAAUGACAUUAAUGAACAUUCCUCUUAUCUGAAAUGUUUGACCAAUCUUGUUAUGAAUUAUUCUAUUACUAAACGCACAACUUGAUCAUUAGCGAGUGAAAAAUCUUCUAAAUAUUAUUUUGUCACGUUUAGCACCGUUGUGUUCUUUUUGCACUUUCUCGCGCGAGAUCGACGCUUGAAUUUAAUACUGUUUUCCUAUUUUUUUUUCUACUGACUAUAUCGGAAGAUCCCGUCACUUCGUCGCGUUGAGUUCGUAGCUUCUGAGUCGUUGUAUUUGGUUACAAUGUAAGAAGAGAUUGGAAUUUUCCGAUAAUCGGCCGUGUGAUUGUGUGUUCGUGCGAAUCGCGUGUUUUCUUCGCAUCGGACAAACGUCCCGUCUGCGUCGUGCUAAGCACGAGAGAUAGCUGUAAGAGCGUAGUUAGUAAUCUGGCACUUUUCCACCUGUCGUCGACGUAUUGAGAUUUUGCGAGCCAAAGUCUUUUAGUUUGCACCAGCUGAGGCGAGACGUGAGCUGAAUUGUGUAAGGAGUCGUCAGAGUAAAACGUAUAAUUAUCUGCGGAGUGUUGAACUAUUUUGAUAUUUUAUAUGGACUUUUGCUGUGUGUAUAUAGUGGACGUAGAGUUAUUGCUCGCGCGAAGAAAGUAUUACAUUAGCGAGAAAUUUAAUAUAGCCGAAAAAGUGCAAGAAUCGGUGGCUUAUUGUUUCUGCUGUAUUGUACGUAUACUAUAUAAACGAGAGAGCUGUAUAACGACACCGAUAUAAUAUUGUAUUGCACAGACAACUUGCGUCGAGCUCUCGACGGUGAUUCGAGCUUCUAGGAUUUAGAAAUCGCGUCGAAGCCCGAAAUCUCCGAGAGAGCUCACGGUGAGAGUUCUUUCAAGCGUGCGCUUCAUCAGACGUUCGAUUCUGACUGGCGGUUUUUGUCACAUCUACUUGAUGAUUUGUUCGAAACAAUACUAAAUGACGGUACACGUGAGGAUCUGAAGGCGGAAGUCUACUCGUAACACACGGAAAGCAAAAUUUCAAUUCAUGCAACUAAAUAGGAACCGGACGAGAAAUGAUAUCUCUGUUACAGUGGCCGAAAACAUUCGUCUGAAUAUUCAUAAAACUGCGUUAAAACUUAGUCGAAAUAACUGAGAGCAAUCGGUAGAAACUUCCUACAGAAAUCUUUCUGUUCCUGCAAUCGAGUUUCUCGUCUGGUCUCUCCGGGUAAUAGAAAAUUCGGUUGCACCAACGGAGUUGGUUUUUUUUCCGUGCAUAUGUAUUAUAAUCGUUGCUCCUACAAUCAAACACCAAGUCGAUUGUUUAAUCAAAUACUACAACGCUAACUACACAUUAUUUAUAUGCACUAUGAUAUUGCCGGUGUGUGCAUUGACACGAUGCCGUCUUGAAAACGAAGAUGAGUGUGAACACGUGCAAUGUCUUCCCCGUGUAUACUUACAGAGUAUAGCAUAUUAUACGCUAAACGUGUUAAAUAUUCGCAGUACAGACAUUUUCAGAGGCAUGUUUCGCAAUAUCUGUAAUUCACCCACGUGAUUUCACGUCCGAUUAUCCAGCGGACUGCUUCCUCAUUCGAGAAACUGUUUGGCUGAAUUAUCUUAUACAAGUUAUACAUGGAGUAUAAAUUUUUUUCAUAAUAAGUAAUUUUAAUUUCGCUACGUCCUCGUAUUUAUCUCUAAAGAGAGAGAAAAAGAGAGAGGGAGAAAGAAAGAGAAAAAAGAAAGAAAAUUGUGACUUUUAGAAAAGAAAACGGGAGUUAUUUUAUGCAAAGUCUUAAUCAAUAAGUUACUCGAGGGUUGUUCUGACGCUACUAGAGAAAGUUUUUAUCUCGAUACCAUUACGAAUAUCAAAUCGAUAAAAAUAGAAUCGUUUUGUUCGCGUAUAGGCGAUUAUUUACGCAAGAUACCCGCUCCUUGCAGAGGACAUAGAUCUCUGCAAGAUAUUUUAAUAAUAACGAUAAAUAGUAACUGCAGUGUUACCUGAUGUGAAUUUUUGUAUUAUUGUAAAGACAAUAAUUUUAUUCGGGUCGUCGUAAAUCGCGAAGAGAAACAAACAAGAUAGGUGUAUCGGCAUGAAGAUAUAUACUAUUGAAUCUUCGCAUCUAUAAAACGGAUAAAUUAGCAAAAAGUGAAAAAAAAAUGAAAAAUGUAAUUAGAGAAAGUUUUAAUCCCCUGUGACACACAGACCAAGGUGCUAGGAGAAACACGAGGAAUAGAAAAAAGAAAAACACAGACACGUACAUACACAAAACACACAUACACGAUUUUGUGUAGAUAAUUCACAUAUCCAAAUUCUACUCGUAACCACUUAGAAUGGAAUUUAUUCUACAAUUUUCAGAGAAAACAGAAAUAGGAAAAAGUAUGGGUGUAAAACAUCGAUAUUCCUUUCGGUAAUUUUUUACGGUUUAUUUUUUAAUUAUUUUAAUAAAUAAUGUAAAUUUUUGCGCUCUUCUCGAUCUUCCUAGUUUCUCGAACUAUUUCGAACAGAUCUCAGACGUGCAGAGAAUCUAAAUUAAUUUUGCGCCUGAGCAGAAUAACAGACAAGUUCGAAAAUCGCCAGAAAAUUUAAAACCGAGAAACUUUAUUAUAUCCAUAAAUAAAUCAUUUCUUCUUCGAGUCUUUGUACACAUUAAUUUUUUGAAAUGACCGAUUUAUCUUAUUUGUGCAGGAUAUGUGAAUUCCGUGAAUCAGUGAUUGCUAAUCCAUUAUUAUACGUUGAACUACUAUGUGCUAUAAUGAAAUAUCGUACACCCAUACUUGCUGAUCUCCGAAGAAUCCUUUUGUGCAGACACGUACACGUAUAGCGCUAGGACAAUUAAUACAGCGAUAAAAUGUACCUGUACACAUCGACCACCAUACUGAUGGUUUGCCUCUACAUACGGAUGCUUAAGUUCCAGAUUUUGAUCCAUACGUAUUUCCACGAAACCUCAAAAUCAACAUUUAAUAGCGAACGUGUAGGACAGUAACAGAUAUUUAUUCUUUAGCCUUCGGCCGUCCCUCGGAUCUAUGUCGAUUAAAUCAGAUUACAUGAAGUUAUAACUUCCGUACGUGAAGCUGUCUUUCUCUCAAUAUGUCUAACAAAUUUCUAUUUGACUCUCAGAAAACUUAGUUAUCGAAGAGAGAUUCUUUUGCGAAAACAGUGUUAGCUUUUUGCGGCACAAAGGGAUCAGUAGUGAUUGAAUAUAACUGACACUCUUAAUAACAGCGUGUUUCAAUAAGAAACGUUCUGUGUUAAAGAUGAAUGUCACUUGAUCCAAGGGAUAGAAGAAGAUUAAGCACAUACAUAUAUAGCUUAUCAUUGUUUUCGAUAAAGGAAGGGAAAGAAAGUUCAAUGGUAGUUAAAAAUAAGUCACGUGCGUUAAGUUUUGCAUGCGACGACACAGCAAAGAAAUAUAAAUAUUUUGUGAGAGGCAAAUUCGUAAAUUACGUAAGAUAAAAAAGAGAAAUAUGUAUAUAUAUAUAUAUAUAUAUACACACAUACAUAUAUAUAUAUAUAUAUAUACAUAAACGUAAACCAAUAUAUUUAAUAAAAUUUCUUGACGUAUUGUAAAUUUGAAGAAAUAUUCAAUUAAUCUAAUCGAAUGAAUUCCGAUAAUUUUGUUAAUUAGCCGUGAUGGUGUUGAAGAUAUGAAUUGCCGAUAUAUCAGUAGUUAUUAACCAAAGCCGUAGCGACAGAUAGAUAACAGUGUGAACGGAUAAAAUUAUUCUUACAACUUGAGAAAUUAAGGACGCGAGAAGGAGAAAGAAACAGAACAAGAGAUAUAAUAUAUUACAUCGUACAGAGAUUCUAGAAAUAAGGAGUUUCUGCUGUAUAAAAAUUCUCACUAAGUGUUACUCUGUUAUGUCAUUAACGAUUACAUAAUUAUUUAUUUUCAAGAGUACUACGUAGCGCUUUUCUUGAAAUUUACUGAGAUAAAUCGAAGUUGAACAAUGGAAAAAAGAAAUGAUUCUUGUAUAGAUGUACGUCUAUGAGACUCGUUACGGAAGAGAAGUGGACGUUAAUUUAUUCUUUAUAGUCGCGGGCUACGUAUUAAUAACGGAAGAGGCGUAUAGAGGGUUUUCUCUUAUAAAUAUUAAUUGGGAUAAAUAUAUAAUAGAGAGCGACUAAGUCUGUAAUUACACGAGAGUUGUAUAUAUGUGUAUAACGUAUUAUAUAUAUAUAUAUAUAUAUAUACAUAUGUUACAUUUGCGUUCGCCGAACCUUUUUGUUUUAGUCAUUUUUAUAUAUAAAUACAGUAUUGUCAAGAUAAUUUAUAAUUAUGAACGUAUCUUUGAUUUAUCUGUAUCUAUAAAAAGGAAGCAAUUAGCCAAACUUCUGUAAAUAGAUUUUCUCGUAAUAAAAGCUAGAAAAAGAGGAAAUAUGGUUAAAGAUA